GUCAAGAUAGCGCAAAAUGUUAAUAACACAUGCUGUUAUAAGAUCUCCCAUAUCCCACCAAAUUUCUAUAUAUAAAAGUAUAGCAAUCUCAGAUUUAUAUGUUGAGCUGUCAACGUUGCGGGAUAUUAAUGCACAAUCUGGCAACCAUGUUGCACUCUCAAAAAAUGGCCGCUGACAACCAUACAAGUCACCGUGUUGCCAUUGAAUAGCAUGGAGUUAAACCUUCAGUUUAUAUGUUUUGUGGGUAACAAGUUCUGGGGAAAAGCCAAAAUAUUUGUAAGUAAAUAUUAACAUUUCAGAUAAAUUCCUGGGAACUUCUAUAAUUUUUUAGUGAAAUGAAAGGGCGGUUUUCUCCGCCAGACCACAGACGGGGCAAACGUCCUUCGAUGGAUGAUAGAGAUGAACGUCAUCGAAGCCCCCCUUUAUUUGAAAGAAGACCAAGUCAAAUGUUCAGAGGCAAUAGAGACAGGAGAGACACUGAGCGAUCUCACGACUUUGAUAUGUGUGCCACAAAUCAAGAUAUAAUUCCGAUCCAGAAUGGUCCAGGAAUUGGUGCUUCAAAUGUGUGGUCUGAUCCAGCACCAGGGAUGUUGGGAGCAGAAAUGGGUAUGGGUUACCCAAUGGUUGGUAUGAAUAUGAUAGUGGACCCAAAUAUGAUCUCCAUAAAUAACUAUGGAAUGAUGCCGUCUAUCAUGCCUCCUGAUCCUAACUUAAUCACUCCAGAUCCAUCAAUAAUGAUGAAUCCAGUCAAAGAGAUUAUUCAUUGCAAGUCUUGUACACUAUUCCCGCCAAAUCCAAAUGCUCCCAUGCCUUCUACAAGGGAUAGGCCUCCAGGAUGUCGAACAAUAUUUGUUGGAGGUUUACCAGAAAAUAUGACUGAGGAUAUAAUCAGAGAGAUAUUUGACAGAUGUGGAGAGAUUACUACAUUGCGUUUGAGCAAAAAGAACUUCUGUCAUGUCCGGUUUGUUUAUGAAGCAUCCGUGGAUGCUGCUAUCUUUUUAUCUGGUUAUAGAGUCAGAAUUGGCUCAAAUGCAGAACCAGUCAAUACAGGAAGGCUUCAUGUAGACUUCGCGCAGGCGCGCGACGAUCAAUAUGAAUGGGAAUGCAGGCAGAGGCAGUUGCAGAGAGAGCAACGCCACAGGGAACGAAUGGAGGAAGAAAGGAUGCGACCGCCGUCACCUCCACCUGUCGUUCAUUAUACGGAUCACGAGGCAGCGGCCGUAGCUGAGAAGAUCAAGCAGGAUGAAACUUUCACGAAAGCUGUACAGGCAUUCCCGCUCCCGAAAAGAUGUCUAUCCUCCUCAAAGUCGCACGUCAUCCUCGAUUAGAGAUCACUCAAACCCACCCAGAACCACAAAUGCAGCAUCUACGUCGUUAAUGGGUUCGCAAUGUCAGAAAUCGAUACCUCAAAGAUUGUUAUAACCUGGCUAGAUAGAGGUGACUGUAACAAAAGGAAUGUCAACACCUUUUAUUCAAUGAUUCAAUCUACGAACUCGCACAUAAGGCGUCUGUUGAGCGAGAAAUCUCAAUAUGACGAUGAGCUAAGAAAGGCUAAAGAAUUGAUGAAGGGCAGAAUGCAGGGAAUUUUGCUACAGUGUAAGUA